CCUCGCAAUGAGACCUUGCAAAGCUUCAUCAACUCUCUUCGACAAAACACUGGAUGGACCCCCGAGUUCCUCGACCCGUAUAAACGUGCCUACGACCAGAUUUUUAAGGUCUUCUAUAGCUCUAAGUGUAAUUGUACACAUCGGGUUGAGGGUAACGAGGCCGAGCUAGCUGACUCUCUUCGGGAGCGUGUCGAGCAGCUUCGACAGUUUAUUCCUCCUCUGUCCACGGCGUUUGGUGAGACGGGCUCUUAUGACCCCAGCAGCUCUUUCCAGCAGUGGAAAAGCUUCCUUGCCGACGAACCGAGCCAGCCACUUUCAUUUAGCAAAUCAUCACAGGCUUUUUGCCAUCCCGGUCAACCAGCGUUGUCAUUGUCUAGGCAAUGGGACAUCGAUAGCAUCUGGUUUGGGGCAAAAGGCCUUCAAGCAAUCCAAUCGCCCAACAGCUUUAGGUUGUCCUUUCUUCCCUCUGCAGCCUUGAACAUAUCCAAAGAUGAGAUAAUUCAGCCACACGGACUGGACCUGGCAAGGACACGACAUAUUAAACUCGGGACAUUCAAUGCGCACAGUGUGCCAUUCUCCGCGUUUGUCUUCUUCCCGAACGCUGCAAAAGACAUGACGUCAUCGACUCAGAACGCUCUGUCGCUUGAGCGACAAAAAGAUCUUUAUGAUCAUGUCAUCAUUCCGGCAGCUUUUGAAGCAGUACCCGAUCCUUGUCGGCAGGAGUUACCGAGAACGUAUGAAAUUGCAUAUGCUAAAUCUCGCUCUUUCCAGGAAAAACCUGGAAAUAACCGUUGGAAACCAGGAGACGUGAAUAGAGCUGUUCAUCUACAGUACACAAUUCCGGCAGAGAAUCUUGCGCAGUUCUGGAGUCUGAUAGUCGAAAAAGCGAAUUCUUUCCGAUUGACCACAAAAAGCGGUGUAAUGGUGCCCUAUUUCAGGGACCCCAAGCUGCUGUUCCAGUCUCAUGACCUGAAGAAUACGUUCGGGAGAGCGACACUGAUCGAAAGCCUACAUUACUUUCAGGCAUCUGUUCUCCAAGCCUUUGACCCUGUCCAUAUGGACAUCCGUUCUUGCUGGAUUGAUAUCGGGACUCGUGAUUAUGUCGCGACACCUCCAUCUUCUAACCAAGUGAUGCGAGAACCUUACACUCUGUUUUGGAAGAGUCAGUGCCAUCCUUAUCUACAUGAGCAGUUGUCCAGAUGUGCACCCACGUCCCCGAUGAAUGCUCAAACUUUUCAGCGGUUUAUGCUCCGUGACCUUGGAGAUUACCAAGUCAAAGCGAAGCGUACGCGAGCAUCGAACCCAGGCCACCCAGAUGAGCGCAAGCCAGGCAUUAUUCGUGCCAAGGCAUACAGCUGUCACAAAGAAGUCUUCGCUGUCAUGUUUAGUGAAUACGAACUAUUUGGCUCGGGGCUUCUUCCCCUUCUUGCUUUAAAUCAGAGUAUGAUCAGCGAUCUUUCAUCGGCCGAUCAGGGCCGUCAUCAAGCACCAACCUUCCACGUCCAUCGUAAUGCUCUAUCGAAGGCAUGGGAUGCCAACAAACGUCAUAUCAAAGCUGCCAUGGAUGCAAGAAACUCAACAAACUAUGGCAUCCGUAAAGAGAUGACAUUUCGGCUUGACGUGAUUCUCACAAUGUGGCAUGACGGCUACUUUGAGCCAAGCCAGAAUCCUCAUAUGGCCCAAGGGUCUCUCGAAAUUUCCCCUACAUCUACUGGCACGAAUCACCAACCAUUCUGGGUCAUAUCAACCAAAGACAUAAACUUAGGGUUAGGAUAG